CUGACUUUUUCGUGUACAGCCCCGCGCGAGUGCGCUCUCUCUCUCUCUCCCUCUCCCUCUUCAUCUUCCAACUGCCGGCAGCCUAACCCUCGACGUGGACGACCAGAGCCGGCAGUGGCGAUGACCGCCAAGCACUAUAGCGUCGUCUCCGCCGGUCCAAGAUUGCCCGAAUCUGAUCCCACCAGACUCAGGUUAGCCAACCCUAUCAAUUUACGAGAGACCCAGUCUGGAUGA